AUUCCUCAACUCGGUGACAUAGAGUAUUCUAUAAAAGUGCUGGAUGAUACAAGAGCAAAUCUAGAACAAACAGAGCCACUAAGUGCGAAAGAAUUAUCUGACGUUAAGAGCUGUAGAGAUCUUCCAAUGGUAUGCCGAGCGAUGAGUCAAAUCAUCCUUGCUAUGAAGUACUCCUCCAGUGGCCGCAAGGACAACGAGAGUGGACCAGUGAAUGAAUCCGAUACAACAAUCGGUGAAAUACUCACUACUGUGCAUGUUGAGUUUGUGAACAGUAUUCGAGACCUGAAAUUCAAACGAAUCGUUUCUGUGUGGCAAGCAUUUGCCUUACAAAAAACUGCACUCCUGAUAGAGCACAAAGAAGAUCCAUAUUUGAACCUUCCUUCCGAUUUUAAAAAGAAGCUGGAACCAGAUAUACAGGAGAGUUGCAUAAAAAGAUUGGGACUGGAUGAUAAAUGUAACCGAUUUAUGCUAGCUCUGAACGAGAUACUUCUCCAUUUGAACUACGAACCCUACAGAAAUAUUCGGUCUGAUUGGAGAGUGAAAGAUUGCAUCGAAGUGGUUGAACCUGAAGAUGAUAUAUCUUGUGAUCUUCCAGAUGAAAUAACUAUGGAGUUUUCGGAAUCUCUCAUGAUGACACUCAUCGCCAACGGCAACAGUGGAAACAUUCGAAAUAGUAAUAAGAACAUCGUCUAAACUCAGUUUACCAAUUAUAAAGACAAAACAUUAUAUCUCUCAUAAAUAUUAAAUAUACGAGAGAUAUAUCUCUCAUAAAACAAAAUAUCUCUCAUAAAAUUUUGACGCUGAUAGUUAAACAGGUGUAAAUACGAUGUAUAGUUGUGAUAUGCUUCUCAUAAGUUGAUUUUG